AAAGUCGUGUCGCAUAUAAUAAACUUGUUCUAAUUAUUUUAGAUUUUUUUUGAAAAUUUUUUUUCGAUCUUUUUGGUCAGGUUUUGACUGACAGUAACUCGAGAAUUAUGGAGUUUGGGAUAAAUCUUCGAGAAGGAAAAAAUGUUCAUUCUAUAAUUUUGAACUCACUGACAUUUAAAAAAAAAUUUUUGUCGAUUUUUUCCAACGUCAUUUUUUGUCACGUCAUGGUAGCAAAACAAUCAACAAUUGUUUUUGGAUGGAAGCUCAAGAUUAAUUCCCACAGAUAAUAGUGUAGCAUUUAACAAAAUAAUUAUAGAUUUCCGGAAAUUAUUGGAGUGAUGAGUCGGAAAGCAGCGCAUCAAAUUAUAAAUCGACAAAGAUUAAUCAUUCGGCCGCCCAUUCCCGAUUCAAUGAGGGAUCUCGGAACUAUGCUCCAAGAUUGGACUGUUUCUAGAAAUAUAUAUAAGGGCCAAUUUACAGCUGAUGACGGCUCCAUUGGCAUUGUGUUUUAUGAUGAUGAUAUGCUUCAGCACUUUAAUCUUGCCACGGAACUCCAUAUAGAUGGAACUUUUAAGUGUGUUCCAAGGUCCCCAAGAGCCUGUCAAUUACUUUUAAUACAUAUAAGACGAGCUGAUAUUGGUUUCCCAGUGAUAUUCGUGCUAUGUGAGAGGAGGACGGCGAGUUUUUAUAAAGCGAUGUGGGAUUUUAUAAAAAUCAAGGCACCUGGGCUGGUUGAUCACUUAAAUGUCAUAAAUUCAGACUAUGAACGGGCAAUUCUUUCAGCUAGUCGCUCGGCUUUUGGUGAAAGAAUUCACAUAAGAGGCUGCUGGUUCCAUUUUAUCCAAGCAGUAACGAAGAAAUGGAAAAAGUUGCGCCUACCAAGGAACGAAGACGGGAACAGUGUUCUCCAAAAAGCAUGGGCGAUCGCUUUAUUGCCCGCUGAGAAUUUUGCAGAAGCAAUCCAAAUUAUUUCAGACAGUGCAAGGCAACUCCAACUGGAUCGCGCAAAAAUAAAUUCUUUUAUUGCUUACUUGAAAGGGUUUUGGUUACGCCAAGCAAAUAUCGUUUCUGUCUACGGUUCAGCUGUUCGCACUAACAAUAUAAGCGAGGCGUGCCAUCGUCACCUAGUAAGAAGAUUGGGUGGCAUCCAUCCACCGCUCUCAACUUUUAUACCUCUACUUGUCAAAUAUAUGAAAAAGAUCAGCAUUGAUUGGCAAGAAUUAAAUGCAGGCAUAAUUCAUAAUCGUCGACGACAGGAUGUCCAACGACCCAGAGAUCGUCAUAUCAGUCAUCAGCAAGAAUUACUGCUAAGCAAUCGUAUUAGCAUCUUAGAUUUUCUUACAAUCAGUGUGCCACGUACAGAACGAGAGGAACUCGACGUGGAUUUAAAUUUGCAAGAAGUACGCCGACAACCACGAGUACGUAGAGCUCGUCAAGAAAUUGCAGCCAUUCCGGGUCCACCUCGUCGCCGUGGACGACCACGGCGAGGAAUUCCGGUUCCGCCAUUGGAACAGCUGCCGCAGCCACUUCAACAAGAGCAGGAGCCACGCGAGGAGCGACCAGUUAACCAGCAACUACCGCAACUACCAGAGGAUCAGUUGGAACAUGUUGGAGAUGCGGUGCUGGAAAGAGAACAACCAGGCAGGGAUAUAGAAGAAGAUGAUGCACCACCUCAGAUAGAUCCCAAUUCUUGCAAGAUUUGUCUGAACGCACCCGCAAAUAUAGUGUAUCUUCCCUGCGCCCAUCUAUGUGCAUGUUUGAGUUGCUCUCAAACAGUGCAGAGAACCCAUGAAAAUCGGGUCGAGGAGGCUCUUUUAAAUGGCGAAGAGUAUCCUCAAUUUCUGAGAUGCCCUCUCUGUCGAGGACAUGUGCAAAAUACUGUACAGGUUUAUACUUAAAAAGUUACUUCCGGACUGCAUCCAAAAGAAGAGAAAAAAAGUUCAAGGGAAAGAUAGGCCAGAGUCUCUCGAAACCUUAAGAUUGGGCUAAGCUACAAAUGGCAGGAAGAAAGAGAAACAUCUCGUAUAUCGACGAUCCAGAUUUCACCCCCACUAUUUUUCUCCGCCAUCUGCUCCGUACCUUUUUUUCCGACGCCAUUUUAUUUCAAUUUGUUCGAUAAACCUUGUUCUUCUUGAAAGAGAAACAGUGAAGCUUUUUUUUCAUUCUUCAUUCUUACCAGUUCAAGAUUAUUUUCAUUCGCUAGUAUUACCAAUACCUGUAUUGCUUAUAAACUAUUACGAUCUGUGUUUUGCUUCGUAACUAUUAGAACUUAAUCGAGGGAUGUUUCACGGUCCAAUUUAUAUUCUUGUAAGAGGAUGGGAAGUUUUUUCCACAAUUAACAAAAAAUGUGUCCAAAGGUAAUUCACUAUCGGUACUAUGUGUUGAUUACUAUUAUUGGUAAUAAUAAAAUAAAAUGAACCAACCUGUUGAAU